AGACUUCUGCAGAUUUCAGAAGUGAGUACAUCUCUCCCGCCACCCCCAUCUCAUUAUAUCAGCUGAAAGGAACACAGUAAAAAAAAAAUACUCCUGACCACAAUUCUACCACUGGCUGCUGAGACUUCAGUAUGGAGACAGGAGGAUGCUGAACAUGGUGUGCUCCCUUAGCACUGACAGGGUGCCCGAUGCCGUCCUGUGGGUCUUGUAAUCCUAAUCCAGUGCUUUACUUUCAGUCCCCAAAAUUAAAAAGAUAAACAAGAAUUUGAUCUAAAAUACAGCAUAAGUCAGUGAAGAAGAUGGGGGUGGACUAGAAGCAAGAUCAUGAGAAGCCAUUGUGCAGAAGACUCGGAGUUGCUUGGAAUUUAUUCAUAAAGGAUGACAGAAAAAAUCCUGGAAAAGUUCGAUGUCCUGGAGGAGAAAGCAAGGAUACUUGCAGACAUCAGAAAAAAGAAUACCAACCGUCGACUAAGAAAAAAGCCUUUGAUUACACCCCUGCUGUUUGACCUUCAUGUGGAAUUUGGAGACACAAUUACCCCAUCUGCAUCUAAGACAGUAACAGAGCUCAUAGAAGAUAAACCACUUGAUCUUAAGGACUCAAAUAAGCCUGUAUCUUUCAAAUAUAAGCCUAAACCCAGAAGUGAUUUUGAAGAGUCAGAUUUAAAACCACCUACUCUUGCAACAAUUACAAACUAUGAAGAAAGUAAAUUAAUAGAACACAAAAAAGAAAACCUGAAAUCAAGACCUAUGUCUCUCCGUUAUCUUAAGGAUAAAGAUGAGACAGAAUACGCAAAUCCCUUGCCAUUUCCACUGCCUCGGUCUAAACACCUGUGUAAAAAAUCAGCAGAGUCUUCAAUCCUGUCUCCCAAACUCGACAAUAAAUCCAAUGCUAGUAAGAAGGAAAACAUCUCUCCUCCAUUUACAGAUGAAAAUGAAAGCAGAGCUAAGAUGUCCAUGCAUUCUCCAGACCACUCAGCAGAUUCUAGUAAAAAUGGGAUAAAAUACCCUCCAGAGGUGAACCAUUUUAUUACAAAAGAAAGUGAUUUAACCAGAAAUGACCAAGCAAGAAAGCCUCAUCCAGUCAAACAGAACAUCGUGUUUCCCCUGGACUGUGAGGAUCUACUGAAAGAUCCAAAAAUAAAGACAAUUGUCCUUGCUCCAAAAGAGACAGUACAUACUCCAGUGGAACAAUGCCACACAAAUCCAAUAAUUUUCUAUGACACUGAAUAUGUACAAAUGCUGUUCCUGACAAAAAGGUUUACCCCCUACGCUAUGAAAUGUACAGAAAAGAAUACUGUUUUAGAAAAAAAUUAUGAAGUAUUCAAAGCUUUAUUCGAGGAUGAACCAAGUCCUGUUUCUAAACCUCAAAGUACUAAAUCUAUAGACCAGCAGAAACAGUUGGGAAUCCUCUCUGCUGAACAGGCCCAAAAGAGUAUAAACGAGAAACGAAAGAAGAGAAAUGACAGUAUGGUUUCAAAGAAAAUGUCUCCAAACACUCUUUAUAACAUAUCUCAAACUUUUUCCAGCUUAAGCAAAAAAUUUGUUGGUUACUUUGAUAAAGAAGUUACUCAUGAAAAGAGUGAUAAGGCAAGCAGAUUUGAAAUGUCUUCCAAAAGAAAACCACCACCCACACGCAAAUUUACUACCUUACCUAUCAAGUAUGACUCCAAGCCUCUGAAAAAUAUACUUGAAAUACGUAAACUAAACAACAUAACCCCAUUGGAUAACCUGGUCUGUUCAAGAUAAACCAACAUUGCUAGCUAACACAGAGAUAUAAUUAGGAAAUUGUGAGCACGAGGGAUUCAUUCAUGACUUACCUUUUGAUUGUAAGCCUACCUUUUCCAGGAUGAGCCAUCUCUCUAGCCCAUGCAUGACUUAUCUCAAUUAUACUUAUCAGACAUCUCUGUUGGCUAGAGCACAUUCUCAGUCAGUACCAACUAUAACAUAGAUUGAUGAGAAAGUUGCUGCCAGAAGCCACAAAACAUCAACAACCUUGUCCUAUGAUUAUCAAUACAGAUACACCACUAAUUUACCAAAUAUGGAGUUAACGGUAGACCAGCAUUUUAGAUACUCAUGGAAAAAGUGUCAUGUGACCAAUGUAAUGCGAUGUGAUUAAAAAGGCUUCAUAAAACCCGUU